GCUCCUCCUAAUAGUUAGUAACGCCUCUGUCCCUCACACUUGCUCCUCUCUCACAUGCAUCCAUUUGCCCAUUUAUAACCCAUCAUCCUUCACCACCUUCUCUAUCCCAAUUUCUUCUCUUCAUCUCUAUCUCUUCUAUCUGCUCUGUUUCUUCAACUUCUUUCUUUCUUUCCUUCUUUCUUUCUUGUUUGUGAGAAAAUAUCAGAGACAUGGUGGUUCUGUCACAGACAGCAUUAGACCAUUACUCUGCAAUCAAAACAUGCAAGCCUACAGGCUUGUUCUCUGGGAUUCCUGUCAUAAACCUCACAGACCCUGAUGCCAAGACUCUCAUAGUUGAGGCUUGUCAGGAGUUUGGCUUCUUCAAGUUGGUUAAUCAUGGAGUCCCAUUUGAGUUCAUGACCAGAUUAGAAGCUCUGGCUAUCAACUUCUUCAACCUUCCUCAGUCUGAGAAAGAUAAGGUUGGCCCUCCUGACCCUUUUGGUUAUGGCAACAAGAGAAUUGGUCCUAAUGGUGAUGUUGGUUGGAUUGAAUAUCUCCUCCUCAAUACCAAUCCUCAAAUCACUUCCCACAAGACUCUCUCCAUUUUCCAGGAAAACCCACAAAUUUUCCGCUCUGCUGUGGAAGAUUAUAUAUUGGCAGUAAAGAGAAUGGCCUAUGAAGUACUGGAAUUGAUUGCUGAUGGACUGGGGAUUGAGCCAAGGAAUGUGCUGAGUAAGCUGCUGAGUGAUGAGAAGAGUGACUCGUGCUUCAGGCUAAACUAUUAUCCGCCAUGCCCAGAGCUGCAAGCAUUGAGCGGUAGAAAUUUGAUUGGGUUUGGGGAGCACACAGACCCACAGAUAAUUUCUGUCUUAAGAUCUAACAACACAACUGGCCUGCAAAUCUGUCUGAGAGAUGGGACUUGGGUUUCAGUCCCACCUGAUCAGACCUCCUUUUUUAUCAAUGUUGGUGAUGCCUUGCAGGUAAUGACCAACGGAAGGUUUAAGAGUGUGAAGCACAGAGUUCUAGCUGACACAAUGAAAUCAAGAAUUUCAAUGAUCUAUUUUGGUGGUCCACCUCUGAGUGAAAAGAUUGCAGCUUUGCCAUCUCUACUGGCAGAAGGAGAAGAAAGCUUGUAUGAGCAGUUCACAUGGUGUGAAUACAAAAACUCAGCAUACAAGUCAAGGUUGGCUGAUUACAGGCUUGGGCUUUUUGAAAAAAAACUGCAGUCCAUUUUAGCUAAUGUUUAGGAUCUUGUCAAAGCUCAAAAAGGGGUUCACUCAAAUUCCCAUAGAUGGAAAGGCACAUAGGUUGUUUUUUUUUUUGUUUUUUUUUUUUUUUUACUUUUGUGGAAUUUUUUUUAAAAUUUUCUGUUUCUGUUUAAAUAUGUAACAGCAAUCUCUACUAUUAAUGCUAGUUAUCGCCAUGUCAUCAUGUAU